AUGGUUGUUCGUCUGUUUGACAGCUUGCAUUGUAUUUUCAAAUCACUUGUGUCUGAAACUUCGAAGGCAAAAGAUCCAAUCAAUCAAUUCAACAUGUCCAAAUUGUUCUUCCUUGUUGGUCUUACCAUCUUGGCUGUUGCCGCUGCCCGUGUUCCCCGCGAUACAGCCGCCACCCCUGAAUUCAAUGCCGAUGCUGUCUUCGGUGCCAUCCAAACUGGCUUGAACAACUUGGGCAAAGCUUUCUUUGAAGCCACCGGUGCCAAGGAUGCCGAUGAUUUCCAAAAGAAGGCCGCUGAACGUUUUGCCGCUGCCCAAGAAAGAAUGAAGGUGUGGAUUGAAGGUGCCCAAAAGGAUACCGAACACUUGAAGGAAACCCCUGUCAUCAAGGAUUUGCGCACCGCCUUGGAAAAGCUCGGCAAUGACUUCAAGGCCGCCCACCCCGGUUUGACCCAAGAAGUCUCCGAACAAUUGAACAAGGUCAACGCUGGUGUUGAAGAUGUUGCCAAGAAAAUCAAGGCCUUGGAAAACUCCGAAGAAAGCAAGAAAUUCAAGGAAACCGCCGACAAAUUGAUUGAAUCUGCCAAGCAACAACUCGAAACUUUGGCCAAGGAAAUGAAACCCAAAGCCUAAUUUCAUAAAAAGAA